CGCGGGAAACACGCACCACACUUUUCCAUUUUGUGAUUAUUUAGGGGCCAAAUUACACAUUUUCCGGAUACAACACUAGGUGGAAAUGAAAUCCAAAGGGAUGCUGAAUGCAGCUCAAGAAUGCUACGAAAAACUGGAUGGAGAAGAAACCUUACUGGAAUCUUGUGAAGAACCACUGGAUCUCAGACUUGAGAGUUAUCAGACUCGUUUUGUAGGUUUAAAACCAGGUACUGAUAACUCGGCGGUUAACAGUUCUCAACAUUCAAAACUGGACGUAGAGAUUUCCGAGCCCAAAAUACCGCAAACAUCAGUAAGGUAUGCUGACACAGAAAAUAAGGUCCACACUAACAGCAAGACGUCACAGUUGGCAGGCCAGCAAGGAAUAACAGUCAUAAGGCCUAAACCCAUCUACUGUUGUAGAACACAGAAUACCAAUGGGGUUAAUACAGGGGUUAUCAAGGACCACAACUGUUCGAGCAAGACAUUUUAUCAAGCUGCAUCUGCAUCAAAUUUAAAUGGUUUUAACAACAUCAGUAAUGUGUUAAAAGCUCCACACGCAGACGGUUGGAGUUCCGGAACUAAUGUUAGCCGAGGAAUUAUGGGAAUUUUUAGAAGAAAAGCAAAUCGUGAUUUAGUGACGAAAUCGGACCAAUGGAAUCGUGGGACUGAACUUGGCCAAGAAGUGAUCAAAAUUGUUAACAAGAAACCUGAAUGUGAUUUAAUGAAACUCAAAAAUGCGGACAACAGAAAGAAGUCUCCAGAUAAACUUGUAUCUGAUCGAAAUGUCCCCAUAAACAAUCUGGAGGUAACUACAAAUGGACAGUACAAGGUAAGUCAAAGGGGUAGAUCAGCUGUCGGCAUGUGUGAGAUAAUUACUUCUUUUGGACUGAUCAGAGAUCAUGAUUACACAUAUGGUAGAGAAUUUCUUGACAUUUGUGGAGCAGCCGCUUCUGACAAAGAUAUGCCAAACCAUUGGACAUGUCCAGGGGUUCUGAGAGAAGCAAGAGAUACGUCAUCAGAAAAUGACAACUCCUUCGAAGUUUUGUUUGAAUACCUGUCAAAUAGAGAUGAACAAAGCUCCUCGGAGACAUUAACUUAUACUGAGGAAGCAGAGAAUGGAAAUAAACUACCAGUGCUUCAAGGAUGCGAGGACAUUUUAGAUCCUAAGCCUGACAAAGACAGGAUUGUUGAAGGAGGUCGAGGGAUACCAGAGCUAGUGGAACCCACGGUAUCACCCUCCGUAGACUUCAUGGAGGGCUGCAGGCUCAGUCCUUUUUCAGUUUUCAAUCAGUUCUCACACAUAUCAAAACAUCCUGAUUCAAUUUUAUUUCCAUCAUCAUCGUCGUUGUCUUUCACAUCAUCUGAGAAUGAGGAAGUAGAUGAAAAAGAAGCAGCAUUUUCACCACAUACCAUUCGGCCAGUUGCUACUGUUUUUCCAUAUAAAGAGGCAUCUGUGGAAACCUAUUCAACAAUCACCAGACCAGCUCUUUGUCAUGGAUCGGUUAUGGAUUUGCACAGUGAAAAGUCCUCGGAUCAGCAACAUGGCAAGGAACAGAAGACGACAACCAUCGCUGCAGAAGUCAAUGUAGAAAACACGGCAUUGGAGCUGUCAACUAGCAGGAGUCAGCCAUCUUUACCUGUUCAGCAUACAGGUGGUGAAAAAGAACUGAAAGGGAGGCCUCACCACAAUCCUGGAAAAACGAUUUUGUAUUCAAGUAAACCAACCCUGUCAUUUCUUAACAAAAAAACAACAGAUGCAAUUGUGUCAUCAUCUCGGAUGGAAUCGACUACUUCAUUGUCUCAAACAAAAUUAUCACCAUUAUUAUCUCCAAAAGAAUUUAAGUUGUCAUCUCCUACAGAGUCAACAGUAUUUUCCAACAGAGAAUCAGUUUUGCCAUUACUUCAAAAAGAAUGGACCUUAUUUUCUCUAAGAGAAUCCGGUUUGCCUUCCCUUCAUGAAGAAUCAACUAGAUUUUCCCUCCGAGAAUCAGCUUUGCCAUCUCUUCACAGAGAAUCAAAUUUGAUUAUAAACUUGCCAUCACUUGACGGAGGUUCAGCCUUAUUUCCUAACAUAGAAUCAAAUUUGUCAUCAACUGCAGCAGAAUCCCUCGUGUCAUCAUCUCAAGGGGAAUCAUCCAAUUUUGAGAGGGACAUGAAAACACUAUCCAUGUUUUCCGCUAACCUGGAGGAAUCUGGCCAAGGGAUAUUACAGAAAAUGACAAGUAUUGGACCAAACUCGCCAGUGGUACAGUCACCAAAUCCUGUAUCUUCUAUGCCAAAGUUGCAGAUUCACUCUUCCUCAACACCAAAAGCAACAAUUCCCAUAUCUAUGUAUAGCUCAGGAAUUAUUAACUCUCCAGUGCUGACCUCUGUGACAAAUUCUCCAAUCGUCUCUUCUUUGCCAAACUCACCAAUGAUCACCUGUAUGCCUAAUGCUCCUACUCUCAUCUCUAUGCCCAACUUACCUAUUGACACCUGUAUGCCAAACUCAUCAACUAUUACCUCUAUGCCAAACCCACAAAUGCUCACCUCUAUGUCAAACUUGCCCAUUUCCACAUCUCCCAUGCCAAACUCACCAAUUCUCACAUCUGUGCCCAGCUUGCAUGUUCUCACCUCCUCCAUGUCCAACUCACAUAUUCUUGCCUCCUUGCAAAACUCACCAGUUUUCUCAUCCUCGAGGCUUAACUUGCCAAACUCACAGGUUCUCACUUCUUCUGUGCCUAACUCACCAAGUCUCAUCUACUCCAUACCAAAGUUGCCUAUUCUGACAGCUACUGUGCCAAAAUCUCCAAGUCCAAAAAUUUCCUCGGUGUCAAACUUAAACAUUCAAAUUGCUGCAUCAGUGCCAAAUUCACCAAUAUCAAAUGUAUGCUCCCCAUCUUCUUCGACCGAGAAAUACAAACAGCAGGGGACUAGAUUAUCACCCCCCAUGAAACAUAAGCAGAUGUUGAUAGAAAAAUAUAAAAUGUCUGUCAACACUGAAAAGACUGGUGGUGAAUCAAGGAUUGACCAGUGCGAUACAGAACUGUAUGAGAUUACAGGAGUAGAAAACUCGACAGUGGAUUUUCCAAGAACUAGGAUAGCUGGAAAAGGAGGAAAACACAAGCCUUUUCAAACUGACAAAUGCCUGUCAUUUUCGGAAACAGAAAAUCAGGCAAACUCAUGCUCUCCUGCCAAAGAGAGGAAACUGUCGACUCAGGAAUCCAAAUAUUAUUGUGAAUCUGUUUGCAGUAAUCAAAGUCUCCAAUCUCAUGAUCUGGAACCCUGUGAAACAUUUUACUGGUGUCAUGUCUGUGAGAAAACAGUCAAGUGUGAGAAAGAUGCCAACCGACACCAGAAUAUCCAUGGUUACAACACCAAGGCAAAUCUCAUCUUCUACUACCUGCAGGUGUAUGGCUGUGUGACCUUACACUGGCGUGGCUACAACAGGGCGGAGAAGUGUGUAUACCUGUGUGGUCUCUGUGAUAAAACUAUCCCAUACAUCAGCGGAUUUAAGCGACACAUUCAGACACACGGUCCCAAUGUCUGCUGUGAAGUGUGCAGUAAAUGUUUUGAUGACAAUGAGAGUCUCCUGGAACACAAGUUUUCACACUCAGAGUCCAAAUCAUGUGAAGAAAACGGUGAUCAAGGAUUUGCCUCCAGGACCAACAAACAUGGUUACAACCGGAACGGUUCUUCUGCAACAAACAAGUGUCGCUUCUGUGGGAAGUUCUUUUCCAGUCGCAGCAGUUUAUCCACCCAUGUUCGCCUCCAUACUGGACAAAACCCGUACAAGUGUCGACUGUGUGAUAGGAGCUACCCACAGAAUGUCCAGCUAAAGCUCCACAUGAAGGUUCACAACCGACUUGGAGAUGUGAAAGACUGAGAUCUACCCACAGAAACAGCCAGAUGGGCAGAGAAUCUAAAUAAGUAUAUUAUCUCCUGAAAUUUGAGGAUGCUGUACUGAGGUCUAAAAGGGCAAUAGUUAAACUCUGGUGAACCUGAUACAUGUACGAAUGUAUGCCUGUGUGAUUGUAUUACCUUUUCUUCUAGGCCCUUUUGACUGUGUUAUGAUAAUGAGGUUUUUUUAUUUAUACACAGCAGACUCUUAAUUACCAUCCUUUAACUUUAGCAGAAUUCGUGUACGAUACAGUGACACAAUACUUGGAAAUUAUCAAGUAGUUUUUUCUUGUUCAAUAUUAAAUGAUGAAGUAUGGAUUGUUUUUUCAAUGGCUGCAUGAUGAUGGUAGUUCUAAUUGUUGUUUUGUUGUUGAUUUCUUUUUUCUAAAAUGUAAGUUGCCAGCAAUUUAUGUGCAAAUAUUACUGAAUGGUUUUGUAUGUUUCCUGUUUUUUUCUAUAUCAUUUUACAUUUUUAGCUCAACUGGCAUUGAAGUACCUGUGAGCUUAUGCCAUGGCAUGGCACCUGUUUUCUGUCCAUCAUGAACUUCUUCUUAAGAAAUAUGAUGCCUAAGGUCACGUGACUUGCUGAUGUGUUAAGUUGCUUCAUUUCAUUACCUUGACUUACUUUCAAGACCACAGGUGUAAAAAAUGCUAAAGCUUUCAAACAUUUUCUUCCUUUCACUGAUCCUUCAGCAAUGCUAUAAUUGUAAUCAAUGUUAUUGAAAUAUAUGACCUUGACCCUUGUUACAGUCCACAGGAACCAGAUGUGCUACAAUCUUUAAAUGAUGUAUUCUUGUGAAUCAUGUGUCAAAUUAAUAACAAAAUCGAGUAUGAUUGUCAUGAAUUCUUAGUGCAGUGAUACCAGCAGUUUAACAUUAGAUACAGGUUAGUUCAUCCUCGAUACUCCAGGGGUUACGCUCACCUUCGCUCUCUGCACCCCUGGAAUAUGUCAUAGCAAAAUUAAAGGCACGCGGCUAGCUAUUUCAUUGGCUUCAUGUAGAA